AUGCCCUGUCCCUGGUGCUCUCGCCAAGAAGCCCGUCACGCUGGCGCCAAGGAGUUGCGAGAGCAAAUCAUGAAGCUUGGGAUGCUCACGGAUGGGAAUUAUGGCCAUCCAGACCAGGCCGAGGCCGUGCGGAUGAUCGAGGAGGCUGCAGAGGCCUUCGCUGAGCCGGCUGCCCUGACAGCCAGCAAGGGAGAAGGCUUUGUGGCGCUGAAGCCGGUGCAGGUGACUCGAGCGCUCGGCUUGAGAGACCUCAAGCUGCCGAGAAAGGUGGUGUCCUCCGAACCUCAGAUUGACAUCCUGCCGCUCGAGUCCUUGGGCUCGCAUCAUUUGGUGCUUCUGAGCUCAGGCGCGACCUCUUUGAGCGACCAGGAGGUCAUCAACCGCAUCCGCGGCUUCGCAGGGCAGCCAAAGGCCGCCUCGCUGCUGGUGGCCGCUGAUGCGGCCGCGCGAAACGCGCAGCUGGGCGCCAAAGGACCCCAGCGUUUCGGCUGCUGCAUCGUCGGAGUCUUUGAGGUCGGGCCUGGCUAUGUGGAGCCAGCAGCGAAGAAAGCCAAGAAGGAUGGCACCGAGAAGGUGCGGGCGAGGCACAUACUGCUCAAGCACAAGGAUUUGAAGCAGAAGAUGGACCCACAGGCCCAUCUGAAAUCCAAAGGCGCCUUGGAUCACCGAUCGACAUGGCUCUUCUGGGGGAUUGCGCCAGCUGGCGCGAUCGAGAGGUGCGGAGGGAGAUCAGAGGUGCGGAGUUCAAGGAUGAGAGAAAUCGAAGUGAUGCCAACAAGGGUCAACCGUCAACCUGCGAAAGGGUUGGUUCGGGCUGAGGGGGAGCCCUGA